CGCACCGCUGCCGAAUGCGCGCGGCCGCCCGGGCCCGCCCGCCCCCUGCAGCCAGUGCGCACGGCAGCUGCGGGCCGCCGGGGGCGGGGGCGCGGGGGAUGGGGGUGGGAGCGCGCCGGGCGGCGUCAACCUGUUGUUUGUCCCGUCGGCGGCAGGAAGCGCGGCGGCGGGUCCGCAUCACCCGCGCGGCCGAGCGGCGCCUGCAGGAAGUUUGCGGCGCGCGCGGCCACUUGUGCAGACGCGGGCCAGCGCGGCGGCGUCCCGGGAGCGGAUCCGACUUCUCUUCCUCGCAGCGGCGCGGUCCCCCGCCGGCGGUCCCCAAUGCACCGGCUAGUCCUCGUGUGCGCUCUGGUGUGCGCCAACUUUUGCAGCGCUCGGGAUACGUCGGCCUCCCCGCAGGGCGCAUCCCUCCGAGCCUUGCGCCACGCCAACCUCCGGCGGCAUGAGAGCAAUCACCUCACAGACUUGUACCGGAGGGAUGAGACCAUCGAGGUGACAGGCACCGGCCACCUGCAGAGCCCGCGUUUCCCCAGCAGCUACCCCCGGAACCUGCUGCUCACCUGGCGACUUCGCUCCCAGGACCAGACGCGCAUCCAGCUGGCCUUCGACAACCAGUUUGGGCUGGAGGAGGCUGAGAAUGAGAUCUGUAGGUACGAUUUUGUGGAAGUUGAAGAUGUGUCUGAAACCAGUACAGUCCUCAGAGGGCGAUGGUGUGGACACAAAGAAGUGCCUCCAAGGAUAACAUCAAGAACAAACCAGAUUAAAAUCACCUUCAAGUCUGAUGACUACUUUGUGGCUAAACCUGGCUUCAAGAUUUAUUAUUCUUUUGUGGAAGAUUUCCAACCCGCAGCAGCCUCAGAGACCAACUGGGAGUCAGUCACAAGCUCUAUCUCAGGGGUGUCCUAUCACUCUCCAUCAGUAACGGACCCCACACUCACUGCGGACGCUCUGGACAAAACCGUCGCACAGUUUGAUACGGUGGAAGACCUGCUCAAGCACUUCAAUCCAGAAUCCUGGCAGGAAGAUCUUGAGAAUUUGUAUUUGGACACACCUCAUUAUCGAGGCCGGUCAUACCAUGACAGGAAGUCAAAAGUUGACCUGGACAGGCUCAAUGAAGACGUCAAGCGUUACAGUUGCACCCCAAGGAACUUCUCGGUCAACCUGCGCGAGGAGCUGCGGCUGAGCAACGCUGUCUUCUUCCCGCGCUGCCUCCUGGUGCAGCGCUGUGGCGGCAAUUGUGGCUGCGGCACGGUCAAUUGGAGGUCCUGCACCUGCAACUCGGGGAAGACAGUGAGAAAGUACCACGAGGUAUUGAAGUUUGAGCCUGGCCAUUUCAAGAGGCGGGGUAGAAGCAACAAACACAUGGCCCUUGUGGACAUCCAGCUGGAGCACCACGAGAGGUGUGAUUGUAUCUGCAGCUCAAGACCACCUCGAUAAAAGAAUGUGCCUGUAUCAUUCUAAGCACAAAAGAACCUUAAGUUUCAGGAGGGAGUGGUAAGAAACACUCUUCCCAGCAGCAACUGAACUUACUCCUAGCUGCAGAGCAAUGAAAUCAAGUGGUUGCCAAGUUUCAACUUAGCUUUAUUAGUGCCAUGGCAGUACAAAGGCCUAUUAUCAUCAACUUCUGUAUCCAAGAGUAUAGGAUUGCAUUUAAUAAUAGUGGUUGAGGAUGUGUGUAUGUAUCUAUACGUACCCAUAUAUGUACCCAUGUCACUAUGUAAAUAGAUCGGAUGAUUUAUUCUGUGUAUAUAAUCAGGUACACCAGAGCCUUCUUUUGCUUGCGUUAUUUAGAACCUUUAUAGUCUUUUCACAAAAAUAUGGGAGGCAUU